AUGGCCGAAAGAGAGCCUGAUGCGAUGCAUCAAAUAGACAUCAUUUUUCCGCAUGGGACCAACAUUGACCUGGAACCAGAUGAGGAUAUUGACGACGCCGAAAUGCAAAGCCUCGGGGGCAGUGAUGUCGACUCUGCAAUAGGAGAAUCAGAGGCAGGGCCAUCCUCAACCGCAUCACUUCGUUCGAGUAUAGUACGGGCACGCGAAGAAAACGGUCGGAUUUAUCACGGAUACAAGGACGGGAAAUACGUCUUGCCCACUGAUCAGGAAGAACUCGACCGACAAGGCGAGGAGCAUCCCGAAGCCGAAGUCGUCGGCGUAGACCUCUCGCCCGUCCAACCCGGCUUCACACCGCCCAACGUGCAUUACGAGAUCGACGACCUCGAGGAGGAAUGGAGCUUUUCUAGAAAGUUUGACUAUGUUCACUGUAUGAUGAUGACGGGCGCUUUUAGGGAUUGGCAAAACUUCCAUCAACAAACGUUUGACAACCUAAAUCCUGGAGGAUGGUUCGAGAUCCAAGACAUCGACUUUCCCAUGAGGUGUGACGAUGGAACAAUACCGCCAGACUGCGACCUCGGCAGAUGGAAUGAGCUCAUGAUGGAGGCCGGCCAAAGGUCGGGCUUCCUCCUGGAUACCUGCGGCAGGGCGGCCGAGAUGAUGACCAACGUCGGAUUCGUCGACAUUGUGCGGAUCCAAUUCAAGUGGCCAAUCAACCAGUGGCCGCGCGACGUCAAGCACAAGACUCUGGGCGUCUGGACAGAGGCCAAUUUCAGCGUUGGGCUAGAAUCCAUGACGUUGGCACUUUUCACUCGCUUCAUGGGCUGGAGGAAAGAGGAGGUCUGGGAUUUUAGCGCGAAUGUCAUCGCGGAGUGGCGUGAUCGUGAACCACAAGUUCAAGGGUACGAAAAUUCGCACCGGGACGCCACAGCCUCGCCGCCACUUGCCACGGCUGCAUUGCCUGAGCUGCUGCGGGCAAUGGACCCUUGGGCUGGCUCCCGUUAA